UAGCCUAAGUGAAAUCACAAAUCAGAGUCACCAACUUCACUGCCGUGGGAAGAUCCUUGAUCACCGGCUGCCGAGAAUGGGUUGAGGCAGGAAGCAGCGUGGGCAGGCCAUCCUCCCCGUGUGUCACCGCCUGCGUCACACGCCAGGAGGGAGUUUUCCACUGACGAAAAGGCUGCGCUGACAAGCAGUCUGGCUCACACAAGGGAAACGCUUCGGCUGGUACGGACCGUGUCUCCUACAAUAUCAGAGACAAAAGCGAGCGGACUGUUCGGAGGAUAAAGCGCGGUUGUGUCGCUUGGAUUAUACAUAUUUUAUUGGCUGAUGGUCAUAUUUUCACUAAUGGUGAUCGGAUACCUGAAUUCUUGAUCAUCCAUGCUAGCUAGCGGCAUCAUGAGUGGACUUCUGAAGAGGAAGUUUGAGGAGGUGUACAAGGACGACCCGUGUUACUCCUCCUCCUCCCUGUCCUCCUCAGCCUACUCCGGCUGGGACUCGGAGGGGGAGAGCUGUUACUCGGACUCCUUGGACUCGACGCCCAGCAACCCUGGUUCUCCAGACACACAGUGCCACACCACCUCAAUCCUGAAGAAUGGCAAGCGUGUGCGGUGUGGGAGGGGCAACGUGACCUUUGACAUGGUGACGGUGUUCCUCUUUCCGCGGUGCCAGGGCUUCAGCAGCGUGCCCAGCAGAGGAGGCUGUUCCCUGGGCAUGGUGCAGAAGCACAGCUCUCUACGCAGAUACACCCUGACAGAGUAUGCUGUGGCGCAACGCACCCUCCGCAAAGAAAAACUACUCACCCGCCUCCGUGAGGAAAAACUGGAAGCCUUGAAGCAGAAGCUAACCAAGGGAGGUACAGUGAUGUCAGAGGAGGCUGACCGCCUCACCCUGGAGGACAUACCAGAGGUCCAGGUGGACAUCAGUGGCUGUAACCUGGACAGCAGCUCCUUCCUCCAGCCCUACCCCUCCAGACGGAGACACGCCCUUCUGAAAGCUGCAGGGGUGAAGAAGAUUGAUAAGGAGGAGAAGAGGGAGCUCCAUGAACUCAGGGUGUCCCGAGAGGACUGUGGCUGUGACUGCCAGGGGUUCUGUGAGCCUGAGACCUGUGCCUGCAGCCUGGCUGGAAUCAAGUGUCAGAUGGACCACUCCACGUUUCCCUGCGGCUGCACCAAGGAUGGCUGUGGCAACACUGAGGGUCGUAUAGAGUUCAACUCCAGCCGAGUUCAGACUCACUAUAUUCACACCAUCAUGAAGCUGGAACUAGAGAAGAGGCUGGAAGAGACGUCUGGCCCAGGCUACGCCCCCUCAGGCUCCACCCACAACUCCCUGGCUGACCUGCCCUCCAUCACCGAUGGCCCGUCCUUCCACUUCAGCUCGGGGCUGGCGGCGGUUGGGGAGAACAGCUGUGGUAGUGAUAUGACUGACUCCUCUUCCUCCUCCCGGGGGAGUGAUGACUCCCAGGAGGGGGUGGGGUUAGAGAGGGACUCCCAGGAGGGUGGCUCCCUGCUGGACGUGGACGAGAAUGGACUGAGGCGUAUCCUUCGCUUCAGCGAGGUCGACAACGACAACUACAACAUAAACAACCACGUUGUCAACGACAACCGCUGCUUCCCCAACCAAACGCUACAGCAGCCGUCGUCCACGUCUGUGUUGGGGUUUAGCACGGAUGACUUCCCGGAUGAGAAUGACAAUGGGGAGCCGUCGUCCACGUCUGUGUUGGGGUUUAGCACGGCUGACUUCCCGGAUGAGAAUGACAAUGUGGAGUCAGCGCUGUUGCAGGAACGGAAAGACCUCCACACCACGCCUGUGUCAGAACUAUUAGACUACAGUGCUAACGAAGCCAACGGUCUGUUCCAUCACCAUGAAGCUAACCCCCCUUCCCCCUUUGUAGAACGUCCCAACACCCCCUCCCCCUCCACUGACCGCACCGCCGCCAGUUACAUGGACCUCAGCCUGUCAUCGGAGUCAGACCUGGAGUUCUUCGAUGGCUUUCCGUGUCUGGGGCCCUCGUCUCUCUACAGCUCCCUAAAAGACUACGAACACAUGGACAACUUCUUCCAGUUUCAGUUGCCUAGUUACCCCAGCAGCCACUCCCUAGCCAGCGACCCCGGGACCUGUCUCCUAGAGUCUCUGAUUGGUCUGUCCGAAUCUAUCCCAGAACCUCCCGCAACGUUCACAGACAAUCAGCUGUUGGAGGAAGCCGUCAGGGGUUAGGGGUCCAGGGCGGUGGCCAUUAAACAGACAAUGCUGUUGGAAGACUGAUUAUCCUUCCUUGCCUGUUGUUAUUGAGAUUCCAUAUUUGCCUUCCAAAUGUUAGCAUAGCAGUCUGUAAUUAUUAGUAUAUGAAAUGGCAGCUAACAUUUGUUGGAAACAUAAAAAGUGAGAUGAAAACAAAAGUGAAAGAAGAAUACUAUAAUGUUACCUGGUGAGUUUAGCUUGUCAGUGACUCCGAGCAUUAACCAGAGGUUGGUGGGGUUUAGUCAGCUAGCAUUAACCUGAUGUUUGGUUUUAGUUGUCAUUAGCCUCAUUGAGGCUGUGACUGGGGGAUUUUUAAACGUGGCGGGUUGUCAGCCUCAGGGAAGCAGGCCAUUCUGCCACUGGUAUCAGUGAUGGGCUUCGCUAGGGUUUAACCUGACAGAAAACCCCCACUAGAAUCACAACACGGUGGUGAUAACUCUGUGUGCUACGUUAGGGCUCAGUGCCCAGUCAUGGUUAACUGGAGUUAAUGGGGUCAGCCUCCUUUCCUCCGAACACCAGAGGCCUCUUAACCUGUCUCCCCAAAAUGGUGUCUGAGGCUCUAAGGUACAACAAUCCCCCAGAUAGCUUUGCGAUCAGCACUUUAUCUGUAAAACUGGUGACGAGUGAACCAUAUUUUCCUGGGUCUCUGUCAUUCAAGUGAAGUCUCUAUGGUCCAUUCAGCAGCUCAAUUACCUUUUACAUGCUAGAAUCAAGCUUGGUAUUCAUGAGCUGAAGAAUAUUACAGCUGGUAUUCAAAACAGAAAAGGCUGUAUAAUUGUUAUCUAUAUUUACUUUUAUUACUAUGUUUUUUUUAAUUUAUUUCUUUCAUUUGACAAUAUUCUAUUUAUUUUCUGGGGAUACCUACGUAUGUUAAAGCCGCACUGUGGUUUGAUAUUUCCAGUCCUUUCUAAUGUGUCAGUGGCUGUCUCAUGGCACCCGAUUCCCUGUGUAGUGCACUCCUUUCAACAGGCGCUGGUCCACUUUAGUGCACUCCUUUCAACAGGCGCUGGUCCACUUUAGUGCACUCCUUUCAACAGGCGCUGGUCCACUUUAGUGCACUAUUAGGGAAUCUGGGAUUUUAAAGAAAAGUCAAUUGGAAAAGUAUUUAAUAUCUAUUCUCCUAUUUUAACAUGUUUUUUUGGGUUAAAUUAUUUCCUAUUCAUAUUUCAGUGGUUAUGAUGAAAUUGAUGACUUGGUGAGCAAUAACAGUGAGAUGGAGUUAGUGUUUAGGUGUUGGCUGUGUCGACCAGACUGGUAACAGUGUUUCUGUUUUAACUGUGGGACUGAGAACUGUGUAACCUAUUUACUAAAUUUAUUAUUAUUAUUAUUAUUAUUAUUGGUUGAUUAUAUGCCUAUAAUGUUAACCAUAGAGAAUCACACUAAUAUUUUAUAAUGAAUUUGUGUAGAUUGAAAAAAAGAAUUCUAAUGUGUAGAACUGACAAAGUAUUUUAUUAAGAAAAGACGACAAAUUAAGUCAUUUUUAUUUCAAAAAUAUUCAAACCUUUGUAAUAUAUUAAUUAUAGAGAACUUUAUAGUUACUAUGAAGGCGAUUUGCGCUCCAGCAUUUCAAAGUAUUUUUCAUAGCCACACCAGUUUGGCCAAGCAUAUUUUUUUGAAGAGCCACAAACAUUUAAAUGAUUCAGAAAAUAUCCAUAUGAUUGUACUUCGAAUGAGGUGGCUGUGACUGAACUCACAAGAUAUUGUACAUUUACCUAUCAAAUGUCAAGGUUUUUGUGGAUAAAACUGCAUAUAUUAUGCUAGUUCUGUCUUGUUAUGCAAAAAUCCCCAGAGUAAUUCCCUUUUCCACAUGUCCACGGUGGUAUGAAUAUGAGGGACGACUCUUCUAAAGGUGAUGUUCAUACCUCAUCCCAAAGCUGUUCUGCCAACCACGUCAUGCAAGAGCCUGCCUAUAGGGUCCUAGAAGAGUGACGCUUGAUGAUCCCAUCCACUGUAUGUUCUCUAUUGUAAACUUUACUUAAUCUACUGACUUUAGAAAUACAAUGUUUGAGGGGUUUCUAAUGGUUAAGAUCCAUCUGAUGGUAUUUUCUAUUGGCUAAGAUCCUCUGAUAGGGGCUUUCAAAUACCAAACAGCUCAAUGAAGUCAUGGCAACAAAUAGGUCUUUGUUACUGUAAAGUACCUAGGCUUCUUUAUUAAUCAAAAUGUUUCUUACUCUUGCCUUUUUAUGUUGUACAUAUUCUCUGCUUGAAUGGUACUGGAGAGCAAACCAAGCUGCUUAAUUUUUUACUUCUAAUUUUCACUCUGCCUGACUGUGAAAAGCAGUUUAUUUCAUCCAAGUCCUUUUUUGACAGUAAACUGUCCCUUCAAAAUAAAAAAUAGAUAAGAAAACAAACUUCCUAAA